AUGUCCCGCUCUUUCUAUGUCGACUCCUUAAUCAUCAAAGACUCCUCGAGGCCGGCUCCGUCCCUGCCUGAGCAUCACCACGGCCAGGACUUCUUCAUCCCUCUCAGCAUGCCUUCCCCCCUCGUCAUGUCGGUGUCGGGCCCGGGCUGCCCUUCCCGCAAGAGCGGCGCUUUCUGCGUCUGCCCGCUCUGUGUCACCCCCGGGGGGCAAAGCUGCAGGAGAAAGUCUUUUCUCUCUUUCUUUCUCUCUCCCCCCGCCCUUUUCCUUUCCCCCGUCCCACUGAAGUUCUUGCUUCUUUCCCGUCCAGGAGGGUCCGAUUCCAGCCAAAUUCAAAACGGGAAAAGAAUGAGGACAGCUUUCACCAGCACCCAGCUCUUGGAGCUGGAGAGGGAAUUCUCCUCCAACAUGUACCUGUCCCGGCUGCGGAGGAUCGAGAUAGCCACCUACCUGAACCUGUCCGAGAAGCAAGUGAAAAUCUGGUUCCAAAACAGGAGGGUGAAACACAAGAAAGAAGGCAAAGGCACCCAGCGAAACUCGCACGGGGGCUGCAAGUGCAGCACCGGCCAGGGGCAUUACCCUAGGUCGGAGGACGAAGAGUCUCUGUCCCCCUCAUCGGCGACCGAGGAUAAAGAGAUCUCCCCGUUAUGA